GUGUAGACGCUUUUAGCUUCGUGUGUGAAUUUGGUUGCAUAACUUUGCACGAUUUAAGUUGCUGUCAAAUUAAUGAAAUUAGUGAGGUUAGGAUCCGAUCUGUAAACAUGUGUUUUGAAAAUAUUUCCCAAAUCACACUUACUUUUAACUCUCAUGGUUUAUAAAAGGAAAAAGUACCACUACGGUGAUACCCACCUGAAGAAAAAGUGGAGAACCAAGCGAAGAACUAAAGAUUUAGAUCAGAUUGAUGAAGACAUCAAACCAGAGAACACAGAAAAAUUGCUUAACCAAGACAUAGAUUUUGACAAACCAGGCUCAGCUCAGCACUACUGUAUUCAUUGUGCCAGGUACUUUAUUAGUGAUAGUGCUCUACAGGAUCAUUUUAAAACGAAAGUUCAUAAAAGAAGACUUAAGGCAUUGGAAACUGAACCCUACACCAUUGAAGACUCAGAACGGGCAGCAGGAUUGGGAAACUGGAAGACACCGAGCAAGAGGAAGAUAGAAACACAACCAAACAAAGAAGAUUCAGAAGGUUCUAGCAAGAAAAUGAAAAUUGAUGAAGAUGAAUAACUGUAGGUUUUCUUUUUUAAAAAUUAAACAUUUUACUAGCAGAUAUUACUCAUCUGCGCUAUACAUAACUGGUGAUAAAGCUCAAAAAACAUUUGUCGUUUUAACUCCAGUUAUAGAUUUUGAAAAACAUUUGAUUAACAAAAAUAAAGUAGUUAAGAAUAUUAGAGUUAGAGGUUUAAAAAUUGACUUUGAUGAUAUUGUGAAACAAUGGACAUUUUUUCAAGAAGUUUCAAAGCGAAAGCAUCUUUUGGAGCUUAAUAGACAAGACAUUGCUCAAAAAAUAACUAACUUAUUAAAAAAAUCAGAUACCGAUCCAUCAGAAGUGGAAAAAUAUAAAGUACAUGCUAAGAUUGUAAAGGAUGACCUCAAAAACCUCAAGAUCUCUUUUUAUGAUAUAGAGGAAGCAACUAUGUUGAAAAUUCUUAGUUUACCUAAUGACCUACACAGUCAAACGCUUUCUCAUGAAGAAACUGUUCUGUAUACACACCUCAAUCAGCCUAAAAAUGAUUCUUUAGAUCAUAUUACAAUAGGAACUGACAAUAAUUUUGUCAAGUAUUUGAACCCAUACGCUUGUUA